AUGGAGGUCUUCUUGUCAAACGUGCCCGUGGAUCUCAGCGACCGGAGCUUGCACACGCAGCUUACGCCAUACAUGAACGCCCUGGGCAUCCUCGAUUGGCAGUGCACCAAGAACCGCGCCCAGAAAACCGCCUUCAUUGCUUUCCUCGACAAGUCUGAUGGCCACAAGUUUCUCCAGCGCCAUGGCAAAGUCGCCGGCGCCGGCCCGGUAGCAAACCCCUUGUCCGCUCACAGAAUUGCUGGGCGACGGGAUCUGGCGCGCCUCACCCUCAUGCGUUGCCAUGUCUAUGCGUCUCUUCGAAACGAAGCCCCAGACCCUUUCUUGAUCAAGAGCCUCCAAAUGCGCCAGGGCGUACGCCUACGCAACGGCAAAGCCCCCGAGGAUGACACUCACCAAGACAUGGUCUUCGAGGCCUCAGGGCUGGCAUGCGGCCACCUCUCGCUCGUGAAUCCGACCAAGAGUCUGACCUUUGUUGAGCAAUGUUGGUUCGAUGCUCCUGGUCACGUUCGCUUUGCCAACAAGACGCUACUCGCUCGCUUCCCCGACAGCGCCGUCAUCCUCCACUUUGCCUACGAAACAAUCACCCAUCUGAUCCACGAUUCAAAGGCCGCAACUCUAACGGCAGUCCUCCGCGAAGCCCCCCGCAUUUUCCUCAGCAACAGCCUCGACGACAGCAUGGCCGCACUUGAUGUCAGAGGUGGCAGCAGAUCCCGGUACCGCGUUCUAGACCGCUACACGUAUAUACCCGCCAUGCGUCAUCACCAAAAGUACGUUGCGAGCUGCUUGGUGUACCAGUUUGCCUGCGAAUCCAAACACUUCAUUUGUCUCGUGAGCCAAUUGAGACAUCGGCAGCUCUUCCCCAUGGUGCAUGAGGAUCUGCCCCUGACACGAGAGCCCACCAAGUACCUCGAAGACUUUGAGACCGCAAACCUGAGGUUCCAGGCCAAUCUGUCCGAGUGCGAAAGGAAGCGAAUCGUUCCUUUCCGCCUGUUAUUCCUAACACAAGCACUGGCGUCGAACAACUACCUGCACCCGCACGUUGCCGACUCGCUCCUCUUCUGCAUUCGCCAGGCAUUCAGCACAGCCAGGAUAGCCCAACAGCCGCACGACCCUGUUUCUGCCGAGGCGAUGAAGAGUCUAUACCAGGACAUUCCAUAUCCGUACCCAGGCAUGGAGCCCAGUGACCUGGAUCCUGUGGCUUUGAUGGCCCACCUCCUCAAGAAGGAGGCUCGCACCCGAAAAGAAGCAGCCAUGACGGCUUUCAAGCACACAUCGAAUAAAAACUACGCCUGGGUCUUCAAAGCCAACGUCACGCCCACCAGGAUUACCCUUCAUGGCCCCGCGUAUGAGCCGAUGAAUCGAAUUCUCCGCAAGUUCCCCGAUCACGCUGAAUAUUUCAUGCGAGUCCAAUUUUGUGACGAAAAUGGCGACGAUAUUUUCCUCUCGGCCAAAGUCUCCAACGACCACAUCUACAACCGAUUCCGCAGAGUGUUACAGAGCGGCAUUCAAAUUGCUGGUCGCGUCUACUCUUUUCUCGGUUUCUCUCACUCUUCAUUGCGCUCUCACUCAGCCUGGUUUUCUGCACCCUUUGUUGACAAGACGGGUCAGCUUCAGUCCUACGUCAACAUCAUCAAGUCUCUUGGCGACUUUGAGCAUAUCAGGAUCCCGGCCAAGUGCGCCGCAAGGAUCGGACAAGCAUUCUCAGAAACAACCUCAUCAGUGUCCCUCGUCGACCACGGCAUCGUCUGCCAGUUUAUACCCGACGUCAAAUACGGCAACCGUGUCUUCAGUGACGGAGUCGGAACAAUCUCGAGGGACGCGUUGGAGACCAUCUGGCCUCACCUGCCCCGCAUGGAAUCUCUGCCAACUUGUCUGCAGAUCCGUUGGGGAGGCGUCAAGGGGAUGCUUUCGUUGGACUCGAGACUCCCUGGCCGCGUGAUGAAUAUUCGCCAGGAAUCCAUGCUCAAGUUCCCAAGUACCGACUUGGACAAUCUGGGCAUCUGCGGCGCUGCGUCUCGCCCACUCAGGAUGGUGCUCAACCGGCAAAUGAUCAAAAUCCUUGAGGACAUGGGCGUCCGAGACGAGUGGUUCUUCAGCCUGCAGAAGCGAGAGCUGGAACGACUCCGCGCCGUUACGGCUGAUGCGUGGAACACCGGGGCCUUUCUGCAGCUCCAGGGCAUCGGCUCAGCAUUUUACCUCUCGACAUUCAUCAAGACGCUCGACAAGUAUGGUAUCAACUACAGGCGCGAUGACUUCCUGCGGUGCACUGUGGAGGCCGUGGUGCUUAGAGAGCUCCGCCUGCUGAAACACAAGGCGAGGAUCCCCGUGCCUCAAGGCGUGACUUUGUUCGGAAUCAUGGAUGAGACUGGGUUCCUUUCCGAAGGCGAGGUUUACGUGUGCUACGACUCGCGCUACAACGGCUCUCUGCCAAUUGACAGUACUCUUAGCGAUGGAAACAUUCUUGUAACCCGGUCCCCUGCUCUCCACCCAGGCGACAUUCAAUGGGUGAGGAUGCGGACGCCGCCCGUGGGACAUCCAUUGCGAGACUUGAGGAACUGCAUCGUCUUCAGCCAACAUGGCGAGCGAGACCUGCCGAGCCAGCUUAGCGGUGGCGACCUCGACGGCGAUCUGUACAACAUCAUCUGGGAUCGACAGGCACGCCCGAAGCGCUUUUUCGCCCCCGCCGACUAUCCUCGGAUCACACCAACGGAGCUGAACCGCCAAGUCACGCGGGACGACAUGGCUGGUUUCUUCGUCAACUUUAUGAAGUCCGACGUGCUCGGCAUGAUUGCCACGAAACAUCUCAUCUUGGCAGACCAAAAAGAGGAGGGCACUUUGGAUGCAGACUGUAUCAUUUUUGCCGAGAUGCACUCCACUGCGGUUGAUUUCUCCAAGACGGGCAUUCCUGUGGACAUGCAGGCCAUGCCAAAAACCAACAGAAUCCGCCCCGACUUGUACAGCGAGCUAACAGCCCACAGCUUUGCUCCGGCUCCUCCCACCCAGUACGUCGACCGGCAGCAGAUUGACUUUGUCGAAAAGCCGUCUGCCUCUUUUUACGGCGGCGAGGACGAGGAAGAGGAUGCUUUCCGGCCGGCGCACAAGUUUUAUCGGUCGGGCAAGAUCCUUGGCCGCCUUUACCGCAACAUUGACGAAAAGCGCAUGUGGGAUCAAGACGUCCGACGCCCUGUCACAACGGAAGGUCCAACUGUUUGGGAGCAAUUCAUCGGCAUGAUGGAGAAGAAACUGUCGGAGCAUGCUCCCGGGGUCGGCAGGAUUUCCUGGGAACACUGGAAAGCUGAAGCCUGGGCGCUUCGAAACAUACGUAGGUAUGAGGAUGCUGUACACAAUGCCAUGUACGAAUACUCGGACAGCCACCUGAGGAUGUUGACAGAAGUCGAGGUCUUUUGUGGCUUCAUUUUCAGCAAGACAGGGGCGCAGACGCGACGGCAGGCCGACAACUCGAAGAAGCUCAAGGAGACGUUUGAGCGCGUGUCCGAGACUCUUGUUGCCAAUAUACGACAGCGUACCCGGGAGACCGAGGAGGAUGCGCAGCCCAUGCCUCCUGGAUCGGCUUCGACGUCAAGCGUGGAUGAUCCCCUCGAGCGGGCACUGGCACCAAACCUGCGUGCGUUGGAGUUCUCGUGGGCAUGCUUGCAGGUAGGCCUCGAAGAUGACGAGCACGACAACCGCGCCACCAUGCAAAGCUUCAAGAUUAUCGCAGCGAGUUGCUUCCUCAAGGAGGUCACUGAAUUUAUCAAUCGUCUUAUGAACGGUAAGGUUGCAUCGACGGCCACCGCGAGCGGCAUCGGUGGGGGCUUUGUGGGCGUCAAUGGAAGGUCGCAUGAUCCGACAUUGUUCCCGCAGUAUGGAGCGAACCCAUACAAUUUUGACGCAGGACAUCUCACGAACUAUGGAUUUACGCAGUAUCUUUAA